UUCAGUCCCUCAGCGCUCCUCGUCGAAGUCAACAGAUCUCAUGGACCGGGCUGGAACUUCUCUGCUUCUGCUGCAGCCCUCACUCAGAAAUGGAUAAAACCGCGUUUGACUGGGCUUCUUUUCACCAUUUUCCCGCGGAACUUUCAUGUCCUUUGGAAUUUUAUUCUAAAAAGAAAAUCUGAUUUAGACUUCUUAGGUUUUCAAUGAGCAAUGUUGAGCGAACACUUGGAAUAACGGUCUUAUAUGGUUUCUAAUGGACGCCGAGGCGCUGCCAUAGGGGUUUCUCUUUUACAUGGGAUUUCUUCUUCUAUUUUUCCCCUUUGUUUAUUUCUUUUAGGAGGAAACUAAAUGUGGACAUUUCCUCUUGAAAAGCGCUUCUUGUCCGGGAAACUUCUCACCUUCCUCAAAGUUCGUUAGCAAGCUGCGCAGAAUGCUACGUCCCGGUCACCUCGCCUCUCUGUGUAGUUUGGUCAUGUUCAUGUAAAGGCUAAAAACAAACAAAUAACAAAAUGAUUUCAGAGGAAAGAAGCAGCCACGCCAACAAACAAGCCCUGAACUUUCCUGUGGGUUUACUCAUCCGCUCUCCGAAGAGGCGCUUGGCUAAACUGGGGAGGAAACCCAGCAAUGGAUCUCUCCAGUCCAACAAAUCGGACAGCACUGUCCGCUCCACUGAGAGCGUGGGUGUCCGGCAGCCGGCCAAGAGCAAAAUCCGCCGCCACAACAACAGGUUCUCGACUGUUUUCAACCACAGUCCCAACCUGCGGGACAGCAGCCGUCGUGGCCAGACAAGCAGUGGCGGGAGCUUGGUUGGAGACCUCCAGUCUGCGGACGAUCCAGCCGAGCUGUCCAGCCAAAUGUCUGUCCCUGGGAUCCUAAAAAUUUUUGGCAGUGAUAUCUGUCAUGGGACCCACUACAAGAGUGUGCUGGCUACCACACAGUCCAGCGCAAAGGAGCUGGUGAAAGAAGCUUUAGAGAGGUACUGUCUGGAAAAAGAAGAUGCCAAAGACUAUGUGCUGUGUGACGUGAUUGGUCAGACUGAUGCUGAUAAUCAGUGGAAGAGGGAGUGCUUCAGAGUUGUUGGCGACAACGAGAGGCCCCUCAUGCUGCAGUCACUGUGGAAACCCAAGGAAGGCUUCUCCAGAAGAUUUGAAAUGCAGCUGCGAGCGAAUGUUGAAGAGCAGAGUUUGAAGGAUAGAGACACAGUCACAGCAGGCAUCAAUGCUCAGGCUCGUAAGCUGCAGAAGAGCCGCUCCAGAGUGGCCUCCCUUUUCGUGGACAGCAGCGGGGAGGAUGUGGAUGGAAUCGGGUUCUGGAGGAGCCUGAGUGAGAUGGAUCUGUCGGCCAUGGGGAAGGAGGCCAACCGAGCCCAGCAGAGCGCGCUCAGAGAGGAUCCGGAGGCGGAGGCUGAUAAGGAAGUACUGCGGCUUGGCAUGGAAAAGGAAGAGACGGAGAGCAGCGACGACAACACCACCCAAUACUCCAUCCACCCACCCUUUGACUUCCCUUACUUCCUCCUGCUGCAGGGCUACAGCCACAGACAGGAUUUUGUCAUCUACCUGAUGAGCGGGACCACCACCAUCUUUGGCUGCUGCAGGGAGCACUCCAACGGCGAAGACGAGGAGAGGUUGAAGGUGGACAUCCUUCUUUUUGCUCCUGAUGUGUUGCCACAGCACUGCUGCGUCAGACGCCUGGAAUCUAACGGCCAGACCUCGGCAGGAGAGCACAAAAAGACACUGACGAUGCUGAAGCCCCUCCAUGGCGCCCCCGUGACACGAAACGGUUUCCUUCUUAAAGAGGAGGUGGAACUGAAUCCGGGAGACUUGGUGGGCUUAGGGAAACACUACUUGUUCAUGUUUAAGGAUCCCACCAAUGUGUCGGGGUCCCUGGACACCCCUCCUUGGGUGACAAGACUCUGCCCGAACUCUGACUCAAAGAAUUUAUCCUCUUGUUUGUCGUGUGGCUCUUCUGUCACCAUAAAAAAGUUCCAGAGGAGUCUGUUAGCUCCUCGCUGGAGAGACCUGGAGGGCACGGAGGCUUCGGUGAGCUACGAGCUGGAGCAGGAGGAAAGAGUCUUGCAGGAGAUUCUGGACAUGGUGGAACCCAUCGGGGAUGAACCAAAGCUGACGCCUGCUUUCCUGCUGAGCCUCUGCAUCCAACACUCGGCCUCCACGUUUGAGCUGACACACUUCAGGCAGCUGCUGCUCAGGAUAGCCAGUCAGAUCCAGCUCAUUACAUGGGAGAAGACCAAAGAACUUGCAUCAAUCCAGCCAGAAACGAGCUGUGGUGACACACAGCCGGAGCAGCUUCAGCUGCUCAGCACAGAGGAGCUGAUCCCAGGUCUGCAGCCGCUGGUGCUGUGGAUGGCCAACUCCAUCGAGCUGCUGCAUUUCAUCCAGCAUGAGGUCCCUCAGCUGCUGCCCUGGAGGCAGGACCAGGACGAUGAAGAUCUGCUGGCCUCUGAGAUGACAUCCACUCAAACAGCCUGCGAGGAAGCCAUGACAGUCCUGGAGGAAGUCAUCAUGUUUACCUUCCAGCAGUCCGUCUACUAUCUAACAAAGAGUAUGUAUUCAGCCCUGUCCGGUCUGCUGGAUGGAAACCCCUUCUCAGAGAAUGGUCAGCUGCGAGUUCCCGACGGGCUCAGCGGCAUCCUGGAGGUGCUGAAGGAGGCGCUGAAGCUGCUCACAGCCUUCCAGGUGCAUCCGGAUAUCUCAUUACAGCUUUGCGCAUACCUGUUCUUCUUCAUCAAUGCGUCGCUGUUCAACGCCCUCAUGGAGAGAGGAUCUGUUGCCGGGUUCUAUCAGUGGUCCCGUGGUGUGCAGAUCCGAGCCAACCUGGACCUGCUGAUGGACUGGAUCCAGAGCAUUGGGCUGGGUGAUCUGGCCACCGAGUUCUUCCAGAAGCUCUCUGCUGCUGUCAAUCUACUGGCCACGCCCAAGGAAACCCUGCUGCAGGCGUCCUGGGCUUCUCUCAGAGCCGAGUUCGCUGCUCUGAAACCUGCCCAGCUUCACCACAUGCUGAGGGAGUACAGCGCCGGUAAGGCCUGCCCCAGUGGGUGGAGCCCAACACCGGACGAUACGAAGGAAGCCAUCAGGACGGCAGACAUCUUGGAGAGCUUUGACAACCACCCGCCGCUCAUCCUGCCCAGCAGCACGUUUUACCUGGAGCUGGGUAAACCCAUCGUGGAGGCGGCCCUUUUUGAACAGCUCGCUCAUCUGCAAGAGUUCAUUUGCCGGCCCUCCUGCAGUGAAACACAAGUCGAAAACAAUGUGGAGCAACAGGUUUUUAAUGGGACAAGCACAGACAGCCAGUCUGCAACAUCAUCUUCAAUAAGAGUCCUCCAGGAGCCUCCUCAUCAGGUGGUCUCUGAACCUGGGCAAGACUCAGACUGUAACUCCCCUGCAGAACCAGCUCAAACCCGAGGAUCUCAUGGUGACCUGAGCAGCUGCGAAGAAGUCCUUGCUCAGAAGCUGAAGAGCCUAGAGCUGCAGAACACCCUCCCCGGACGGGCUGACAUGGGCUACCACAAGAGCCUGGCGCUGGACCCGUCAUGCCUCCUCACCCCACCCAACACCCCACAAGGGAUGGAGCUGGCUGAACUGGAGGCUGAUCUGCAGGAGGGCGCACGCCAGCUACAGAAAGUGACUGGAGGCACAGAGAGGAAGCCAGAAACUGUGGAAACAGCAGAAGACAGAGAGGAAGUGUUCACCGUGGAGAUCCACAGAGGGCCUCAUGGUCUCGGGCUGGCGCUGGUGGAUGGAACGAAAACUCUGCUGAGAAUGAGUGGCAUUUAUGUGAAGUCGGUGGUUCCCAACUCUCCGGCUGCUGAGUGUCAGAAACUGAGGACAGGCGAUCGCAUCCUGGCAGUGAACGGCAUCAGCCUGGUUGGGAUGGAUUAUAGCAUUGGAAGAGAGCUGAUUCGAUCAUCUGGAGACUCUCUCAGGCUGCUCGUUGCCAAGAUGGACUCCAAAACAAGCAGCAAGCCGUCAACCACAACCAAAUGCUGAGGGAAGAGCUGGUGAACAAUCAAGUGAAUACUGGAGGAGUUGAGGUUCCUCCUUCCUGCAACAUCCAGUCAGUAUUUGCCACAGGAUGGAUUCCCCGACCAAAGGAAACGCACUCCCUACGCUUUCUUUUCCAACCCGUGGUGGAAUAGAGAUGUUUUUUUUUUGUGUGUGUAAAGCGAAUUGAGGCAAUCAACCAAAGUCACUGUGAUCUCCAUAAAACCAAAUCUCUAAAACCGAACAGACUGCAGGCGUUCUGCUGGCAGACUGAGGGCAACAUUUUUAGAAGCUCCUUUCUGCUGUUCCAGCUUCUGUCUAGCAAGCUCUGCUCCCGUACUCGUAAACAACGAGGACAAAAACCAGCAUUACACUUGUGAAACGUGGACUCUGGGAUCAGUCUUGCCUGGCUUUCACUGGAAUUAUUCUGAACUCAUUUUUAAAUCUCUACUUUAAAAAAGAUCAUUUUAAAAAGACUGUGAAACUUUAUAUUUUACCAAGAAAAGCUACUUAUCCAUUUAUUUAGUCAAAGACAAAACAUAGGAUUCAUGUGUGUUUUCCUUAGAGGUGUCGGAUCGUUUUAUUCUUUGGGCCACUCUUAAUUUUCCUACUGCCUCAGUUAAUAUUUAAGAAAACAACUCAGCAUCUGUGCACAGCUGUCAUACCAAAACACUUUAUAAAUAGUCUUAACCUCCUGAGACCUGAGCUUUAGCCUGACUUGCGUUAGAGAUUUCUUCUAGUUUUUUGGGGUUAGGAAAAACCAAUAAAUAGUUCAAAGACAUCACAUAUUUGGUUGUCUAGACCAUAAUAUUAAAUUCUGUAAAACUGGAACCCCUUGAACACUCACACUGCCAUUUGUUGGUGUAAAAAGAGACUUUGUUAUUUAAUUUAAAAUUAUAUUUAUAUCUACAUCAUAUAUUAUAAAAUAUGCAUAAUCAUAAAUAUGUGUCUAAUAACAAAUCAUACAUCUGUGAUUAGGACUCAGAAGGUUACAGUAAAGCAUAAUCUGAAUUUCUUCAACAAAAAAGACUAAUGAAUGACUUCAGAGGAGUCACAAUACUUAUGUCGGUGGUUACCAUGGUAACUGCUUGUUUAUUUCCUUAUUAUUCGUUAAUACUGUGAAAAAACCUGUCAGUAUGUUUUAAACACAUGACAGCAAUACAGGAGAAGUUUGAACCCAAAACCAAAGAAAAGCUCCAGUUUCUCAUAUUCAAGCAUGUUAACCCCUUAACACCUGAAUUUAUGUUCAGUUAUAUAAAAACUAGAUAAAAGAAAAACAAAAAAAAAUUAAAUGAAAAAAACUGCUGGAGUAAAAUAAAAUAUAAUAACAAUAUAUAGAAAUAAAUAACAUAUAGAUACGUUUAUAAAUAAAUAAGGCAAGUGUUUCAGGCAUCAAGGGGUUAAGUUAUACAUUUUUUAUUUUUAAUUGCUCGAAUGAACACAUAUUACAACCAGAAGUAGUCCUCCGCCCUCUCUCUGUUAUAUUUAACCCUUUGAGACUUGUACCUGUUUUUAGGCCUGACUGGUAAAGAAGAAAUAAAGAUGAAGUAUGAUACAAAAAAAAAAAAACUUAAAACAACCACAUUCAGGAUGAGUAUGAAAAGCUCUUUAGAA